AGCCAGAGAGAUGGUUCGGAUAGAGAGGGCACACUCCAAAACACUGGAGGAGCUUAAAAUCGGUCAUGACGAACGGAUGAGAGAGAUUAUCGACUCACUUGGGGGAUCUCACAGCUCGAUUAUGGAGGUGCAGAGCUGGCUUAACUAUGAACUGGACGGCGUAGUUAAAAAAUCAGUGAAAACCGUCCAGAUGGAAGUAGAACAAAUCAAGGAAAAGACCAAAAAGACCGCCAGCAAACCCAGGCGUCCCCCCACGAGAAGGACUCGGGCUAACAGAAAAUCCGCAGCCACUGACCUAGAGACGGCUAUAAAAGAUCUCACUCGCACAGUCGCAUCACUGGCGACUGACAUCCACUACAUCAAACAAGACCUGUCAGGGAUGGGAGCCAGAAACAAACUAUCAGAAUAUAGUCAAAUCCCCGACGAAGAACCAAAGAGACGGGAAGAGCCUAGCUACGAAGAUAUCAAGAAAGAGCUCAAGGCGAUGAGGGCGGAAACGGAAAGAAUGCUGUCAGACGUCCUCAGAGCUAAACCCGUCUCAAAGGAAGAAAUCGGGGAGGAAAUCAAAGGAGCAACGGCAGCCAUCAUCAACAAAACAAACAGGAUACUUGAAGAGGUGGUAGAGGUAAAAGAAACGACCUUCACAAAUAUGGCCACAAACUCGGCCAACACAACAGGACUCGGAACGGAAUUAGCCAUGGCAGAUACGGCUGCUCAGAUUCAAGGUUUUCUGAAUCCGAUAAGAGCUGACGUGGCGGAAAUGGCCUCUGCGUCCAAAGAGUUAAACAGAACAAUGGAAUGGUACAACUCCUCUUUGAAAAGGGGGAACAAACAUAACAAUACAGUACCAACCUUGGAGCCUGGCAGAUCCUACGCCUCGGUGGUAAAGGCAACACCACAAAAUCAACCCAACCACACAAUAAUAAUCUCCAGCACUGACCCCAAUAACACAGGGAACAAGGUGCUGGAAGAUGUCACAAAGGCACUAGAUUUUAAAAACACCGGCCUAAAAGUGGAUAGGGUCAGGAAGGCUAGGAACAGCAAGGUUUUGCUGAGCUGCCAUGAUAAGGAGGACAUCAUCAAAAUAAAACAUCAAAUAAACAAGAAUAAGAACCUAAAAGCCCACGAGCCAAAGCCCCAAAAUCCCCUAAUAAAAAUAAGAAACGUCAUGUCCUACCUAAAGGAUGAUGAAAUAAUAGAACACAUCAGGGCGCAGAACAAGAAACUGUUCCAAGAUCUGCCUGGUGAAGAAGCACUGCUAAAAAUUCGCUACAGGAAAAGGACAAGAAAUGCCUUACAGUGCCAUAUCAUCCUUGAGGUAAGCCCGCCGCUCCACAAGAGAAUGCUGGACAUGGGUUCUGUGCACAUUGCCAUCCAGAAAAGAGACGUGGAAGACCAGUCCCCACUCGUGCAGUGUGCCAAAUGUCUAGGUUUCGGACACACAAAGACCAUGUGCAAGGAGUCAAGCCAGUACUGCAACUACUGCGGUGGAGCACACUCAUGGCAGGAGUGCCGAACCAGACAGGAAGACAGGCCACCGACAUGCAAAAACUGCAAAGAAAUAAAAACACAAGACAUAUUUCCACAUGUGGCAUUCAGCGAAGAUUGCCCUCAAAAACAAAUGUGGGAUAGAUUGGCGCGUUCCAAGAUAAGCUAUUGCUAAGGUCAGC